UAUAAUAAAUCAUUGAUAAUUGUUAUUUUGAAAUGAUGUUUUUUUCACAAGUGUUUGCUUAUUAGUUUAGAAUUCUGGCAAAUUGUAUUGAAAAUACAUUAUGUCUUACUUAACGUCUAAAUAAUGAUUUCGGUUUUUCAUCUUGAAAAUCUUUUUUCAUCGGAUUUUGAAGCAUCUUAAGUGAACAUUUGAUGCUGAAGAAAAAUUUGGAUUACUGCAGGGAAAGGACAAGCAGAUUGUAAAAAUCUUAAAAUUGAUUGCUUCAUGGAAAGACUUUCUUAAACUGUCAAAAAACUUAUUGACGUCAUUUUUCGAUAAUGUGCACAUUUUUUUAUUUUGCAAAUACAUGUUAAUGCACUAUAAGAGAAAAAUAUAACUGCAGAAGGUUGGAAUUGAAAACUAUUGUCCAUGCUAGGAGUAGAUUCAAUUAUUCAUCCAUCAAUAUAUAACUGUCCUCAAGUCAUUGGAUAACGACAGAAAAAAUAUCAGGAUUUAAUCGAAACACCAUGCAUACUAGGAGAGAAAUGGCUGGUCCACCUUAUAGCAUGGGAUGGAAUCCUCAGAUGUACUAUUACACAUAUUCUCAAAGAGAAAGAAGAGCAGCACCUGGUGGAAUGCCUCAGGUCGGCAUGCAAGACCCCAUUAAUGCCCUGCAGAAUCUGGCAAUGCAGGGCACCCCAGGUAUGGGACAACAAGCCAUGAUGACUCCACAACAGCAUGCUCAGCUGAAUGUAAGACAACAACAACUAUUUAAUCAACAACAACAGAUUAUGAACAGAGCCAAUGCGUUGGCACAGGCACAACCAAGGCCUCCUCUUCAGAGACAGGAUGCUUUCAUUGUAACCUCAGCUCAGCAGCAUGUACCACAACAGGUAUCUCAGGUCCUACCAGCUGCUUCUCAAAUGGGUUUCAAUCAGCAGGUACAGCCAGGCAUGCAAAGACAGAAUCUGAAUCAGAAUGCAGCUGCAGGACCACAACAGACCAUGCAGUCCCAGAAUCCACAAUCAAUGGUCCAUUCACCAGCACCGCCAAUUUUUCAUAGCUGCAGAUUUCAUUAUCGGUCACAAAUAGCAUCAUCACCAAUGUCUAUGAUGACACCAUCACCGGUAGCUCCUUCUCCAGCUGCCAGAGGUCAAGGAAUGUAUGGAGUACCCUCUCCCAGUAGUAACAUGAACACACCAGCCAUGAGUCAUGCAAGUCCUGCUCCACGAUCUGUAGAAGAACAAGCCUACUUAGACAAACUACAGAAACUUUCACGUUAUGUAGAACCAUUACGAAGAAUGAUCAAAAGACUGUCUACUGAUAAGGAUGAAGAUCAUAAGAAAGACAUAAGUAAAAUGAAAAAUUUACUCGAAAUUCUAACAGAUCCUUCAAAAAGAUUACCAAUGGCAACCUUAUUGAAAUGUGAACAAGUCCUGGAAAAAUUAGAACUACAUCACAGUAGUACCAGAACUACACCUAGUAGUACAACAACAGUUACAACAGUUAGUUCACACAUAUGUGCUCCGUUGCUGGAGGCUGUAACAGCACACAUCAUGUCUCCAAUGUUUAACCACUCCCUACACAGAACAUUUGGUCCAGCCAUGACAGCUCUAUAUGGUGCUCCAAUAAGAGCACCAAGUCCUCCACCUAGAAAGCGGAGGAAGAUAGAGGAAUCUGAUGAGGAGGAUGACAUUCCACAUAUCUUGCAGGGAGAGAUAGCACGACUUGGGGCACGCUUUAAAGUCAACUUAAAUCCUUUAUAUAACAGUAAAUCUAAGACAGUACACUUAAUAUGUAAAUUAGAUGAUAAAAAUUUACCCAGUGUGCCGCCUAUAACUGUGACAGUACCAGAAAAUUAUCCUGAUACCAGUCCAGAAUGUGACUCCAAACUUCCUGAAUAUGAAACAAAUGCUUUCCUGAAAUCAGUUCAUCAAUCCAUGUCUGUUUUAUUACUGAGAAUGCCAAACAGAUACACAUUUACAGAGCUGCUUGAUAAAUGGGAAAUGAGUGUAAGGAAAGCUUGUGCUGCUUCAGUUUGAACUUGCUAUACUGGUAUCUGAUGAUAAUACAAGUGUACUUGGAACCAGCUGGUUCAUUCCUAGCAGAAGGUUAUUUCAGAACAUUGAACUACUUAGAUAACAUUGUGUUGUUCUGAUUAUGACAUAUGGAAGCAAUGAUUUGAUUCAGGAGACUUUGCUGGACAAAAUACAUGGACAUAGACACAGCUGUUAUAUAGCUAUAUAUUUUGUAUAAUAAAUUCAAAAGAAAAUGG